UGUAAAUCGGGCGUGAGGGAGCAGAAGACGUGAGACGAAGAAGUGUGAAACCUGCAGCUGUAGGAGCGCAGGAAAAAAUAUGGAGAAACCAGGAAACCCACCGCUGUAAAGUCAACAGAGCCGCUCCCGAGCCGGAGGACGGGCGGGGAAAACUUUUUAUAUCGCCGCUACAAGGACCGAGAGAGCGGAGGGCUUCCUCCUUGUCCCUCCCCGCUGGACGAUAUGUGGCUGAACCCGGAGGAAGUUCUACUGAAAAACGCUCUCAAGCUUUGGGUGACCGAGAGGAGCAACGACUUCUUCCUCCUGCAGAGGAGGAGAGGCCACGGGGAGCCCACGGGGAAGUUCACAGGUCUCCUGGUUGGAGCGCUGGACACAGUCCUAGACUCCAAUGCCAGGGUUACACCCUUUCGGAUCCUCCUCCAGGUUCCCGGCUCACAGAUCAGCUGGGUGAUCGCCAGUGGAGCUGCCAUAGAGGAGGUGAAUAAGCACUGGGACUGGCUGGUCCACAACCUGCUCCACUCUCUGUCUGUGUUUGAGAACAAGGAGGAUGUGGCAAGCUUCGUCAGAGGGAAAGUUAGGGGUCUUAUUGCAGAGGAGGUUCGGGGUCGUCAAGCAGCUCAGGAGGAUGAUCCAGAGAAGUUCAGGGAGGCUCUGCUAAAGUUUGAGCUUCACUUUAGCCUUCCUUCAUCAGAGAAAUUGGUGACGUACUACUCAUGCUGCUGCUGGAAGGGCCGGGUGCCUCGGCAGGGCUUCCUCUACCUCAGCAUCAACCAUAUGGCUUUCUACUCCUUCCUGCUGGGGAAGGAAGUUAAGUUUGUGAUCCCCUGGGCAGAUGUGAUACGGUUGGAGCGGGUCUCCAGCGGUCUGAUGACAGAGGCGAUCAGGGUCAACACCCGGCAGAGGCAGAGGGAGUUCUCCAUGUUCCUGAAUCUAGACGAGGCAUUUGGGGUUAUUGGUCAGCUGGCUGACAUUGCUCUGAGGCGGCUGCUGGACAGCGAAGGCCUGGAGCUGGACCGAGUCCUGCAGCAGCCCACACGCAUCACAAAGAGAAUCCUGGAGGAACAGGCGUUGAGGGAGUACGUCUUGGCCCUGUUUAGACUCCCUCGCAAUGAGAGACUCUAUGAAGUGGCCUCUUGUUCAGUAUGGACACCACACGCUCGCUGUCACACAGCUGGGACUCUCUACACCACUGACAGCUACUUGUGUUACUCCAGCAGAGAAGAGGGAAGCUGCAUCCUUAUAAUACCGCUCUCAGAGGUGUUGUCCAUAGAGAAAGCAGAGAGCACCAGCUUGCUUCCAAACCCUGUCAUUGUGAGCGUUCGGACUAAGAAGGCUUUCCAGCUGAUCGAGCUGCAGGACAGGAAUGAGCUGGUGGAGAGCCUGAACUCCAGACUCAGGGCUCUGCAGUGGAAACAGUCCAUGUUCAGAAACAAGAAGGACGGGAAGAGGAAGAUGAGCUCUCAGACGCCUUACUACACGUUCUACUACGACACCGGGCACUCAGAUGAAGAGGAGAUAGAGGAGCAGGUUCUCCGUAACACUGUCAACAGCGAGGCUCUGAUGACGGCUUUUCAUCAAAACCAACCAGGAACCAACGGAAACAAGAGCAUGGAGCCGGUGAAGGAGCGUCUUUGGGAGGAUCAUUUCACAGAGUUUGGUCGAGGCGUUCACAUGUUUCGCACAGAGAAGAUCCAGAGACUGGUGGCCAUGGGGAUACCAGAGUCGCUGAGAGGAGAGCUGUGGAUGACGCUCUCUGAUGCGUCCUCUGACCUGGAGUCCCACCAGGGUUACUACAACAGCCUGGUGCAGAAGUCGAUGGGUCAGAGCAGCCUGGCUACAGAGGAAAUUGAGAGAGACCUUCACCGUUCUCUACCGGACCAUCCUGCUUUUCAAAACCCCACUGGCAUCGCAGCUCUGAGACGUGUCCUCACUGCCUACGCCCACCGCAACCCGAAGAUCGGAUAUUGUCAGUCCAUGAACAUCCUGGCGUCAGUGCUGCUGCUUUAUGCUAAAGAAGAAGAAGCUUUCUGGCUGCUGGUGGCCGUUUGUGAGAGGAUGCUACCUGACUACUUCAACCGCAGAGUCAUAGGAGCUCAGGUGGAUCAGUCGGUGUUUGAGGAGCUCAUCAGGGAGCGUCUGCCUGAGCUGGCUGAAAACGUCCCUGACCUCUCCACCCUCUCCUCCGUUUCCCUCUCGUGGUUCCUCACCCUCUUCCUCAGCGUGCUGCCCUUCCAAAGCGCUGUCUGUGUGGUUGACUGUUUCUUCUUCCAUGGAAUCAAAGCAAUCUUCCAGCUGGGUCUGGCUGUGCUGGAGGCCAACGCUGCACAGCUUUCUGCAAGCACGGACGACGGACAGGCUCUUAUGGUUCUCACGAGUUUUCUGGAUCAGGUUGGAAGUGAAGAGUUGUCUUGUCCUCCGCCCUCUUCACCCACCACCCCAGAGACGAGCAGCAGUGAUGCAGAGAUUCCUGCUGUGAGACACACGAACAUCACCAACCUCAUCAACAAUUCGUACGAGAAAUUUGGAGACCUGUCAGUGAGGCAGAUUGAGAGACUUCGCUGUCGACACAGAAUCCAAGUUCUGCAGGCUCAUGAAGACACAAUCAAGGAAAACACUCUAAGAAUGAUCAAUCCAGAUGUUUCCAUCUCUCCAGAGAACUUGGCUGAUGUCUACGACCUCUUUAAGACAGAGCACUUCAUCAGUCUGUACUGGGGCGACACCAGCUCUGCAGCAGCGGCAGAGGCAGCAGCAUGGCAUUACACCGACUCCGGUCGCUCCUUUAUCGAGCGUCAGUACCGGCUAGAUCGGCCCCAGUUUAAGAGCCUGUACGGGCUGCUGGUGCCGUGGCCUGGAGGGUCGAACGAGCACGCCGACACGCUGGCCAAUCGCACCUUCACCCUGCUGGACCAGGACCAAGACAACCUGGUUACAUUCAGGGAUUUUGCUGGCUGGCUGGACACGUUUUACUGUGAAGAGCUGAAUGAGAAGAUAAGGUUGUUGUAUCGACUGCACAUCCCACCAGCUCUGACAGAAAGUGAAGAUGACCCCUCUCUGAUGAAGAGCCCCCUGCUGUCCACAAACAGACCUCUCUAUGUUAAUCUGCCUUCUGAAGUUGAAGGAGAAGUAAAGGACUAUCAGGAGCAGCUGAAGCAGAUGUUGCAGGAUUUGGUCAAAGAGAGGGAGAAAGAUGUGGAGAAACCUCUACCACUCAUGAACCAGCGAGAGUUCAUCCAGUUCUGUAAAACUCUCUACAGCAUGUUCCACGGAGACACGGAGGAGAACGACCUCUUCCAGGCCAUCGCCACGGUAACAAGUCUGGUGCUGCAGAUCGGCGAGGCAGGUCAUCGAGCAAACAGCUCGCAGUCUGAGGUGACAGAAACUAAACCCUCAGAUGUUUCUGCUGAGGAUGGCGGGGUGGAUAAGACGUCAGAGACAGAUUGGACGAUCAGCUUCGCUCAGAUUCUGGCGUCUCUGCUGACUGAACAGGCGCUGGUGAACUUCUUUGAGAAGCCCGUGGAUCUGACUGUGAAAAUCUCAGAGGCUAAAGAGAAACAGUAUCACCAGCGGGCCGGUUUACUCUCUCUGCAGCAAGGGACCAGAUGACUGAAGUGUGAAACCACCAAAGUUCAUAUGAAGAAAACCACAGUAUCAUUUGAGAAGAUGUGAAAGGAGGCAGCAGCUUUGAAUCCAGAUGGUAAAAGCCUUAAAAUACCACGGAUGUUUACUGUAUCUAUGGCAUCACUGCACUGGCAACUCCUGAACUACUUUAGCUCAACACUGACAACAGAAGGGAGCUUAUGCAAAACAUUUUGAGCCAAAAAGAUAUGAUGUUAAUCUUCAAGUAUCCACAGCAGAUUGUGGACUGGUUGACUCACUGGAAUCAGCCUGCAGAUUUAGGAAUGUCAGCAUGACUAAUUUUGUGCUAAAGGCCUGUAGAAAUGUUGCAAAAGGAUGAUAUUGCCUUCUUAUGUCACCAGAGACUGCCUGAGGUUUGAGUCACAGCACUUUCUAAUAAGGAAACCCUUAUGAAGCAUUCAUUACUGAUCAUAAGGUUAAUAAAUCAUUAACUAACCCUUUAAAGAUCAGCUCAAGACCUUGAUUUGAUUAACUUUUAAGUGGCUAGGCUGUGAAACAUCUUCGGUGAAUCAAUUCUAGUUAACAUUUGGAAAAACGUCUAGUGAAGUGACUGAUAAAGCUAAACGUGUCUCCUUUUGAAAUGAGAUCAAGACCAACUUUAGUUUCACACAAAGUGGGAGAUUUGGGCUCUUGACUCACAGAGCUGUGCGUCCAAAAGUGUGGGCUGUGGGCCCAGGAGGGACUGCAGGUUGGCUGCAAAAGGUGAAUCACAAUAAAGAAUCAUAGAUAUAACUUUUAACUAAGAAAUCAUGUUUUAAAAGAUCAAAAAUGACUGGUUUAUAUAUAUAUAUAUCGAGCCAGGGUGCAGUUAUGCUUCUGAUAAUGCAGAACUUGAUAUCCUUGUUUAAAAACGGAUAGGUAAGAAAAAAAAAUCACUCCCCUGGACAGUAUGUUCACAUGAAGACAUUUACUGUGACAACCAAAACCACCUUGUAACUUGGUGUAAACAUGUUUAUUUCUAGUGUAAAAAUCAGGAAUUUAACAUGGGGUGUCUUUGGGACUUCUAAUGCUUUUGCAGCCAGCUUCAACCAGACUCUUUAAUAACUGAAGUGUUUUUUGCACUGGCUUCAUUUUUCAACCAUGUACAUUACAACUUGGUUAAUCAUUCCUCUACACCCUUUACUUCCUAUUAUAAGAUUUUCAGUGCCUUUGGAAACUUAAACAUUAUGAAGGAGUUUAGAGAGUCAUAAAGAGAUGACAUGAAUAUUAAAAAAGAAGGUGACUUUGUAGUUACCAAAUUAUAACAAAGCAAGUAGUAAAGUAAAUUUCUCUGAAAAUUUAGCAUUUACAUUGACCUAAAACUAAUCACUGAAUGGUACUUAUUUUUGUGUAAAAAGUCGAAAAACCAAAGCAUUUAAUCUGUGAUUAAAAAUGUAAACUAGUUGAUAAUAGAAGUUUAACAACUUUUGACCAGGUUAUAAAUGUUCAUUAAUUUGUAGAUAAAUGAAUUCUGAGCUGACGUUUCCUCCUGGAGACUGAAAAUUACAACAGAGAUUUUCACAACCUGGCCACCUGUUUUAUUUUAUUUCAUUUUUAAAUUCUUGUUAAAUUAGCUGCAUUCAGUGUUCUUUGUUUAAUUGACUUUAUAAUUUUUAUUUAUCUGAUAUAAAAUUUCUUUACACUCGCACCUCAAAAUAUUUUUUAAACUUUUUUUUUUUUUUUUUUUUAAAUCACUGGAUAAUAUGUAGUGAUCUGAAACAGAUGCACAAAGGAGCAAACACAGGAGAACACUGCUGGAAUUGUUUUUAUGAAUAAAAACUGCUGAAAGACACUGCUUCUCUGAUUAACUUGUCUUAUUAAUGCCUAAAAUGACAGUCAGCCAUAACCUCUAUUUUUGUUAUAAUUUAAUUAGGUGUCAUUUGGAAAAGUUUUACAUUAAUGAGUAGUUGGACGUGGUCUAGAUGCCAGCUUUUAAUUGAUAUUUCAAAACUGAUCAAAAUCUGUUACUGGCAUCAGUUCGUGACCCUUUAUUUACAGAUGUGCCGAUGUAUGUCAAUAGUGCUGCUACUGCUGUUAUAGAUGCUGAACCGAUGCAUUGGUUCAUCUAUAAUAGUAAUCAUGCAAUUUACUGUGCUCCUCAACAUGAGUAAAUGUUUGAACAAAAUGAACGGAAAGCCUCAUGCAUGAUAGAGGAAGUCCUAGAUCUGUCAUUCCAACACAUGAAGUGACAAGGAACAAAAGUGAAGUAUUUAAAUUAAUGUGCUUUUUUAGGGCUGUCACAGCUUAAAAAAUAAUCCAGAUAAUCAAAGAAUGGUUCAUUGGGAUUAAUCUCCUUGUGUUGGUCACAUUUUGAAAUCCACUAUUUGCAUUUAAACAGUUUUAUUCAAGAAUACAUAAUAUGGAAAAAGAAACUAUAGAAAGGGGCCCUUCCAAAACUGUUGCCACAAAGUUAGAAGCAUAGCAUUGUCUAAAAAGUCUUGGUACACUAAAGCAUUAAGAUUGACCGUCACUGGAGAUAAGGGGCCUAGAUGAACCCUGAAAAGCAGCCCCAUACCAUUAUCCCUCCUCCACCAAACUUCACAGUCGGCACAAUGCAGUCAGACAGGUAACAUUCUCAUGGCAUCUGCCAGACUCGUCCAUCUGAUUGCCAAACAGAGAAGCGUGAUUCAUCACUCCUCAGGACACAUUUCCACUGCUCCACAGUCCAGUGAUAGUGUGCUUUAGACCAGUUAUUCUCAAGUGGUCUUACCUCAGGACCCACUACCAGCUCCUUAAUAAGCAUUGUGGUGUUUGAACCUCAGACAGUCCUAAUAAUUCUAAAUCCUAGUAAUUACUGUUGAAAAUUAAAAAAAAAAAUGUGGUUCCUUGUGAUUUUUCUUUAGAUUUACUGGAACAAUCCCAGAUAGUAUUACCAAAAGUUUCUGGGAUGCCAACAGAAAACUCCCCAAAAUUGAGGGGAAAUUAUUUAAAAUUUCCCAAAUAUGUAUACAGGGUAAAUUCCUCAAAGAUUUCAGGUAAACUGAAAAUUACUCAGUAAUUCAGAAAAAAAUCCGUCAAGCUCUUUUUGUUGUCUUUCUGCUAUCACAAACGUAAAAACUACAGAAAAAAUUAAAGUGCUUCAUAGA